AUGGAAGCCUGUCCUCUACUGUUGCCCCAAAGGCUGCUCCUGCUCGGGGCAGCCGGCCUGAUGGCCUCUGCUCUGCACACAGCCGACCUGGUGGACCUGUGCGGCCAGACGUGGCAGGGGGACGGGCUGCUGCUGCGCUCGCACCCCGCGUCGCGCCGCUUCUACUUCGUGGCCCCGGACACUGACUGCGGGCUCUGGCUGCGCGCGGCGGCCCCCGGCGACAGGAUCCGCUUCCAGUUCCGCUUCUUCCUGGUCUACAGCCUGACCCCGGCGGCGCCCAACGCCUCCUCCGCGGGGCAGGCCGAUCCUUGCGCCUUCGGGUCCUACCUGCAGUUCUACGAGGGCCCGCCGGGGGCGCCCCGGCCCCUCGGGGCCCCGCUCUGCGGCCUGACCAUCCCGGCUCCGGUGGCGUCCUCUGGGGACUUUCUGGGUCUGCGUCUGGUCACCCGAGGCCGCCAGCCCCGCGUGGACUUCGUGGGCGAAGUCACCUCUUUCCGGUUAGGAUCCUGUGGUGCCUACUUCCCGUGUCGGAAUGGCAGGUGCAUCCCCCAGAGCCUGGUGUGUGAUCGCUGGGGCAUGGACAACUGUGGUGACGGCAGUGACCAGGCUUCCAGGCCACCAGCUGACUGCACAGGUCCCUCUCCGGUGCCCAGCCAGGCAGGGAGGAUGGCCGAUGGUACCUCCCAGCCCCUGACUCUUUCCCCAGCUCUUGGGUCUCCAGGCCCCCUGGGGAUUGCAGCUGGGAGGAGUCCUCCAGCAGGCAGCGACCCUGCAGGACAGGAUGCAGCUCCAGAAGGUAGAUGGCUCCUGGUUACCACCUGCGCCCGCCCCCGGCUGCAGGGGGUGGCGCUGGCCUCCUCGCUGCUCCUAGCCUCUGCCGGCCUCCUCAUCGGCCUCCUCUGGUGCUGUUGCUCCUCCAGCUGGCUGGCCCGGCGGGCUGGUGCCCAAGGCCUGUGCCCCAGCUGCACCAUCUGUUACCCAUGUCCUGGCCAGGUGGCCCCUGGGGGGCUGCGGCUGAGUGAGCCAGCUUUCCAGGGUCAGGGAGGACAUCCCUAG